GUCUUCGAUGGUCAAACUUGUAUUGUGUCAGAUACUCACGUGGUCUUCCCCGAAAAUGGAUGGGCGUAAUGAAGUGGUCGUUACUGUUUUGCAAUGUCGUAUAAUUGACGAACAGUUUUACGUGACUGAAUUUGUGGAACACGUCGCUGUUGUGUUUUGACACGCUGUCAUAAUAGAUUAUAGAGCCGAAACAAAGUGGAAUAGGCCAUGGAAGAUCUAGGAUGGUUCAAGAUAAAUGGGAACAUAGCCUUCAAGCAAGAAGACUAUCAUAGAGCCCUAGACUUCUAUAAUAGAGGUCUGAUGUGCGACCCUGAUAAUUAUAGCCUGCACUGCAAUAUGGCUCAGGCUUACUUGUGUAUUAACGAGUUUUGUAAAGCAGAAUCGCAUGCAGUCAGAGCUUUUCAGAUAAAAAAGGAUUAUGUGAAGGCAUACUAUAGGGCAGCAAAAGCAGCAUUGGGAAGUGGUGACACUGACAAGGCUCUGCAUUUUAUAGAAAGAGGCAUCCGUGCUUGUGCAAACCCUGCAGAUUUACACAAGCUGAAAGCUGAAAUAACUGGUAAUAGCUGUGCCAAUUGUGACUGCAAGACUGUAGAGGAUAAGCAAGAAGAUGUAUCUGGAUCAAAAAGCCGUAGUGCGUCAAUGCCUAGAAACAAUAUUCAGAGCAUUAAAAUAAAUAAAAGACAAGGGAAGAGUCCUGCUGAUUCACAAGAUGUUGAGAAUGGAGUCUCGCAUAAUUCUUCAAAGAAUAUUACGGGUGAUGUGGAGUUUGUGCAGGACAAUGACAAAGACAUUCUAGACAAUGCAGCUAAGAAAAUUGUUGCUACAAAAAGUCGGAGUGCAUCAGAACCAAGGAUUGGUGUACAGAAGCACAAAGUAAACAAGAAACAGAGGAAGGGCCCUGUUGAGUCACAGGACUUCAAAAAUGAUGCCUUCUAUCAGACUUUAAAAACACUUUCAAAUGAAGUAAUAUCUACAUGUACAAAUAGCCCAAGUCAGUCCGCAAAUAUUACGAAGGAACACAUACAAAGCGUGGUACAAGAAGGAUCUCAGCUUUUAGAGAAAGGUCUUCCAAGGAAGGCUGCAGAGAGAUAUAAGGAGGCGCACAGUAUUUUGAGUGGUGUGGAUAUCCAGGUUUAUGGCUGGAAAGAGAUUGAAUAUAGUGUGCUGCAGUAUGCAUUAUGCUGGAGUUGGAUUGAAGCAUUGAACUAUGAGGAUAUAGUUUCGUCCAUUAAUAUGCUUGUAACUGUUAAGAAUGCCCAUGGACCUCGUUUGCCUGCAGUUCAUUAUGCAUUGGGCUCAGCAUAUAGUAGACUUAAUCGGUACAAAGUAGCUUUACAGCAUAUAAGAAGUGGGAUUGAGUUUUUGAACAAAGAAAUUGUUUUUGAAGUUCAUCCAUGGCCAGGGACAAACAAUAUAAUAAAAGAGACAACACGAAGUGGCUUACAGGAAUCUCUUAACAGACUGUUCAACACGUGUACUGUUUAUCAUCAACCAGAUGCUGUCUGCAGAUAUAAAGCCUGCUUAUCUACUUACCCGCACAUCAUUCCAUCAGUAGACAUAUUUUACAGCGAUCCAGAUUUCAGUGGCCUGGUGGUAGUCAUAUGCCAAGAAGACUGCAGGAUACAGUAUCACCUACCCUGCUGGAAAAAUUUUAAGGAGACACAUUCAGACAUUGAGAAACUUUCUGAUAGGGGGAUGCUGGGCAUGCAGUGUCCAACUGCAGACUGUGUGACUUCUGAAAAUGUCCCAUCUGUAAUAAUAAGGAUAGAAAUUUUUGGAGAAGAUGCAGAACUUAAAAGUUGCUAUCCAAAGGAAAUGAAGAAGAAUGAUAAUGUUGUAAAAGAAUCUAAAAAGAACAGAAAGAAGAAAGAGAAACCCACAGCUGCAAUUGAAAAGGAGCCAAAAAGGAGGGCACCUAAGGAGAGAAAAUUGUCGGAGCAGACUGCAGAACCACUACAGAUUUCGUCUGUUAAGUUAGUUUCUGGAACUGACGAGCUUAGCCCCAGAAUCAAGAGACUUGAAUUCUUGCGAAAGAGAAAUUUUGGAUAUUCUCCACGGGAUUUUUGGAAUCCUGAGGAACCUGACUAUGGUAGAGCUAAAGCUGAUUGUAUUGAAAAAUUUAAGGUACCAGAAUUUGAAGAAGAUUCAUUAGAAACGAAGGGUCAAAAGAGUUUCUUAUACACGUACUUUGUAGAGCUGUUAAAUAGUGAAGGGCCAAUAAGACUGCAAUACAUUAUUAAAAAAUGGGAAAGCGCUAACUUUCAAGAAGUGAAGACAUUUUUACCACAAUAUGAUGGUAUUGUUAAGUUCCUACUGGCAUCCUGUCAGUGUGCAGUUGUAGAGGACACAAUAUGCUUAGCGAAGGAUCUUCCAAUUGCUUAUAACACCAGUAAAACUGAUUUAGUGGAUGGUCUGAAUUUCACUUUGAUGGACGUGUCUUCUUUAGAAGACAAUGGGACAGAAAAUAAUAAUCGUUUUGUAGAUAGUAGUGUUAAGAAUGAGAGCAUUUCUAAUAAUAGUGAUAAAGCAACAGUAGAUAUAGUAACAAAUUAUUUGGAUAAUAGUUCUUUCACCAAGUUAGAAAAUAGAAACAGUGAUUUGCCAUUAUCUAACAUACCGAUUUUCAUCCCAGCUUCAGAAGAAAAUGAAACAACAGAUAUUGCUGAUAUUAAUGAUAGUUAUGCUGAAAAUGCUAAUAAUAAAAUGUUGAUGGACGUUGGGCAUAAAAGUGAGAAUAAUUUUGUUAUGUCAAGUGAUAACAAUACAAUAGAAAUAAUACAAAAAUCACCAGAUUAUCCCACAAGUUUAGAAUUUGAAGAUCAUAAUCACAAUUCACAGACAUCUGAAAUGCCCACUGAUUCUGAAGAUUCUGUAGUUAAAGAGAUGCAGCUUUCAAACCUGAAGCAAAAUUAUAAAUUAUUGUUUGGUGGAAUGCAGUCUAAUAGUGUGGAAGAAAGGCUACCAUUAGAUAAUGUAAUAAGUGCUUCAACAAGUAAUACAGCUUUACAGUCUAGCAGACAAUCAUUCAUUGUAACAGAGCAAAUGAAAUUUAAGUAUGAUGACAGGGAGGAACAUUUGUCAGAAAGUAAAGCUGAUAACAUUUCUGUACAGACAGAAGGGAGAAAGAGGCCAUAUUUUGACUAUGAGUUUGAGUCCAAUAUUUUACCAGAAAACCUGAAAGAAGAAGAGUUCUUAAACAAAUCAGUGAUAGCUUCGUUACGUUAUCCUCAAUGUGCAUUUGAUGAAAAUGAAGAUUGGGUAGAUGAAUCUGUUUGUGACAUAGAUGUUAAUAUUGCACCACCACCACCAGCAGAAUUCAGAGAUGAGGCUGUUCUGCCACAAGCUAUGACUGAACAGAACAACAGUACUAAAAUCAUAGACAUUUCAUCACUAGAGCUGCCAUUAGACAUUACAGAGCCAGCAUCAUCUGCUGAAACUUGUGUAUUUCCUGAAGAACCAAAUGUUGAGGAUAUAAUGAAGCAGACUCCAGGAGAAUUGGAAAAGAUUCUUGGUGAAGAAAACAAGCGAUGUGAAGAAAAUACUGAAGACAAUUUGCUGUCAGAGGAGACAGCAAAGCUGCAGAGUAUCUUCUCAAAACCAAUACAAGGACAAGAAUCACUUAAUAUUAAAUUACAAGAUUCGUUAGGAGAGAGAAUAGGCACACUUGCAGCAGUACUACCAAUAAAUGGAACCAAAAAUAAUUCUGUCACCACUGCAGAUAAAAUUAUACAGGUGGACAGUGAACAGGAUGUGACACAGCUCAAAUUGGAAAAGCUCAGUGAAGAGAUUUCUCAGAAAGACAAAAUGCUGCUGGAAAUGAAGGAGAAACAUCAUACUGAACUAUCACAGUUGAAGGAGAAAAACAAUGCAGAAAGGAAAGCAAAAGAUGAAAUGUUGGAGCUAUGUAAGCAAAUGGUGAAUUAUAUCAAAUACUCUGAAUUCAAGAAGUUGGAGAUUUAUAAGACAAAAUUUUUAGAAACAAAGGAACUGAUAGAAAUAGUGAACAAAAGUAGAUGUUUGAAAACAGGUGACAAUCAGAAUGGUGUGGAAAGUUUGAGAAAGCUGGACCAAAACCUUACAUCAGUUCAAGAAUGUGAAAAUAAGCUGAAGGAGUGGUAUAAUUUCCAGUCUAAAGAAUUAAACGAUGGAAAUAUCAAAAGUUUCCGUUUCCCAACUAUGUUACCAGAAGAUAUAGCUUCUACCCAUAAGCCUUUGAUUGAAAUUUUUGAAAUACUUGCUGAAAGACAUACUAGUAAUUCUGAAGGUGAAGAAAAUAAUUUAGAACGUGACACUACCAUUAAAACAACAUGGGACACAGAAGAAGAUAAUAUUGGAAGUGGAAAGUCAGAACCAGUGCUAGAAAGCAAAACUAAUAGUCCACUGUCCCACAGACCAUACCAGCAGUAUCACAGUGAAGAUGUGAAAGAAUGUGCAAGGAUUGUAAAAGAUGUUCUUUGCAGCCUAGAAGAUGCUGGUCUUGAUAUAAAAAAACAACAGUUUCCAGAUCUCAACAGUUCUACCUUACAUAGAAGCUUAGCAACAGCCCUUAUGUAUGAUAAGAGUGGCAGGAGUCUUAUGGAUGAUGGUUAUGAAGAUGAGAAGUUGCCAAAUUCAGUGCAUACAUCUGAUGUGAGUCAACUGGGUGCGGCUUCACUUAAAACUGAGAGCAAUUUAGCACCAGUCUUAUCACUUGCAAAUAAAGAAAUAACAACCCCAUCCAAUUUUGCUUUUCCUUAUGCUGGUGAAAUGCCAUCCCAUCAAAUGAAAACACAAGCACCAUCAGAAGUACAAGACGUACCAAAACUAAUUCCUUCAUUAGAGGGAGCACCACUUCAGUAUGGACAUACUAAAGGAACAGAAGGGAAAAAGAGUCAUGUGACAGUGCCUGCAGUACACACAGAUAAGAAAAAUGAAUUCAGUUCCAGUUCAGGAAUAGGAUCGAUGUCUGGAACAACAUUUAAUUUCAUGCAGACUGCACCAGUAAACUAUAUGGCACAUGCGCCAAUAAACUACCCACACCAAAUGACAAUGAACUACCCACAACCUAUGCCAGUGCCCUAUCCAUACCCACAGCAUGCAGCACCAUUCACAGUACCCAGUGUAUCUCCAGUAACUACAUUGCCAAAACAAAGGGCUGGUGAAUUAAAUAUUGACAGUAAAAACAAAGGCAAGCUUCUGAAAAAGCUUAGAGCAAAAUUUCCCUUCAAGAAACGAGAAGAAGUUGAAGAUGUAUUAUCUCGAAUCCGCAAAGAAAAAGGUCACUUAUCUGGAAUGCGUGUGUCUGAUAUAUGCACCCUGCUUGAGAAGGAAUUAGACAAAUCAUCCAAAAAACGUGAAACAGGACCUAUGGGCAUGGAGAAAUUUGGUGGUUCAGCAUGGGGUGAUGUGAAAGAGUCUGUGGCAUGGUCAAAACCACAAGAAAAUGAAGUAGAUGACUGUGUCAUCUGCAUGGAUCCUCUUUCUGAUGGUUUGGAAACAUUGUCAUGCAAUCAUGACUUUCAUAAGAAGUGUAUUCGCAGAUGGUUUAAAGAGAACCGCAUCUGUCCACUUUGCCAAGUUCACGCAAAUGUGCAGGAAGAAUUUCCACCUCUUAGUUAACAGCAGGCCAUAAGCAUUUAAUAAUGACUGAUUUAAUUUGGUGCUUUUUCAUAUUUUAAUUAUUUUCUUUAUUUGAACUUCAUUAAUUCCUAAGAGAAGUAAAUAUUUAGUCAGAAUGCAUUUGUGGUUUUUUUAGCAAAGUAUCAAAGUUGCACUAUAUUUAUACUUGCCAAAAAAUAUUAGGUUAACUGAAACUAUUUUUUUCACAAACUUUUGUUACAAGCUAUUAGUCAAAUAAAGAUAUUUUUAUUAAAA